AUGUCACCAUCAGCAGAGGCAACCGGCGGAAAUGCCAGCGGUGCUCCUGAGGAGGGUCUCGGUCAAGCCUUCACAAAGCAGGUCAUUGACUCUUUCGGCCCCAAGACUGACCCAAGACUUCGGGAGCUUAUGUCCUCCUUCAUUCAGCAUAUGCACGACUUUGCUCGCGAAACACAACUCACUUGCGAUGAGUGGAUGACGGCAGUCAACAUGAUUAACUGGGCUGGUCAAAUGAGUACCGAUAAGAGAAAUGAGGGACAAUUGAUGUGCGACGUCAUUGGUCUCGAAAGUCUCGUUGACGAUAUCACACACCGUCAAGCAGUAAAGAACGGUUUCUCUGGAACUGAAACCGCUAUUCUGGGACCUUUCUGGCGCCAGGACACUCCCAUUCGUGAGAAUGGCACCACCAUUACCUUUGACACCCCCAGUGAUGGCAAGGUAGCUUACCUUUAUGGUACUGUGACAUCGGCAACAACAGGAAAGCCCAUCCCCAACGCCUCUGUCGAUGUUUGGCAAGCGUCCACCAACGGUCUAUACGAGCAGCAAGAUGAUAAGCAGGUUGAGCACAACCUACGUGGAAAGUUCAUUACAGAUGAUCAAGGCCGUUACUCAUUCUACUGCCUGCGCCCUACUCCUUAUCCUGUUCCCCAAGAUGGCCCAGCAGGCAAGCUUCUUCAAAAGCUAGACCGCCACGUCUUCCGUCCCGCCCACUUGCACUUCAUGGUUAUCGCAAAGGGCUACAACUCUGUUGUGACUCAGAUUUUCGACUCAGACUCUGGUUAUCUUGACAACGACAGUGUCUUUGCCGUUAAGGAUAACCUAACAGUGACUUUUGUGCCACGAAAGGGAGAUCCCCAAGCGGAGUGGGAGUUGGAAUAUAACAUGACCCUCGCAACAGAGUAG